AUGGUCAUACGGAGCAGGUCAGUAGAGGAUCAUGUGAAAGAUCUUGCUGAGGUGUUUGGUCAGAUGUGCAAGUAUGGAAUGCGGUUGAACCCAGCUAAGUGUACCUUUGGAGUAUCCGCUGGAAUAUUUUUGGGCUUCAUGCUUACGGCCAAAGGGAUAGUGGCGAAUCCGAACAAGUGUAAGACUGGCCGAGCGUAUCAAGCCUAUCGUAAAGGUGAGAAGAGUGUCAAGACCAGUUGGGACGAUCGGUGUGAGGAGGCUUUCAACGAUGUAAAGGGCUUUCUGGCUAGCCCGCCCGUGAUGGGCCAACUUGAUCCAAAGAACGAUUUGCAGUUAUUCCUAGCAGUGUCGGAGGAAACGAUUAGGGCAGCUCUAGUGCAAGAAAGCCCAGAGUUCAAACUCGUCUAUUUUAUCAGUAAAACUUUGCAGGACGCAGACAUAAGGUAUAAGCAAGUGGAGAAGAUUGCUUUAGUCCUUGUCGUAGCCGCACGACGACUAAGGCCUUAUUUUAAAGGCCAUCAAGUGGCGGUAAGAAUUGACCAUCCUAUUGCUAAGAUAUUGCGUAAACCAGAUCUGAUGGGAAGGAUAGGAGAAGAGCCUUCGCAGCCUUGGAAACUCUUUAUAGACGAAUCAACUGACAAAAUAGGCAGGGGAGCAGGAGUUGUUUUAGAAGGACUGAAUGGAUUACUUGUUGAACAAUCCAUUCUCUUUCGAUUCGAGAUUAGUAACAAUCAGGCUGACUAUGAAGCAGUGAUUGCUGGUCUUGAAUUAGCCAAAGACUUGGGGGCAACUUCCGUUGAAUGUCGGACGUAUUCACAACUAGUGGUUGGGCAGCUGGACGAGAGCUUUCAGACUAAAGAUGACCAGAUGCUUUGGUAUUAUCAUAAAAGAAAAGAAUUAGUGAAACAAUUCCAAAUGGUAGAAGUCAAGCAUGUUCCCAAAACAGAAAACACUAGGGUUGAUAUCUUGUCAAAAUUAGCUAGUAGUAAGGAAAAGGGCCAAUUGUCCUCAGUCAUACGACAGGUUAUGUUGAAGCCCUCCAUUGAAUGUUUGCCUAUAUUUAAGAUAUCCAAUCUUCCGGACUGGAGAAAGGAGAUUGGGGAAUUGAUCAAAAGGCAAGAGGAAGGCUCGACCAUAGAACGAUGA